GAAAAUGGUUAAUUAAAUCUGGAAUUUUCACUUGUUAAACAUGUCACUUGUAUGACAGUCUCAUACAAUUCCAUCAUAUUGUCAAUGAUGUUUGGACAAGUCAAACAGACACAACAGGUUAAAAUAUAUCGCAGCAUAUACGAUUUAUAACAAAGAAUGGCAACUGGUUUUAGUGACUCAAUUAAGGACAGUGACUUCCAAGGCUUCACAGCAGAAACUGACAUUCUGGAUCAGCUUGGAUUGACAGAGUAUUUUCCUGAAACUUUAUCUCUUGAGGACGUAAGAGAACAUGACUUUGAUACAGCCUCACGCGAUUCACGUGAGAUUAAAUGGGUACUUAUUUCAAAGCUAAUAGGUUUAAAUUCAAAAGCUCGUGAUGUUGAAUUAGAGCCAUAUUUCAAGGAAAAUGCAAAAAGAACUAAUUUAGAGCAAAACAAAGAAAAUAGUUCCUUUGACAACCUGUAUAGUUCUGUAAUGAAACAGUUUUCUCCUGUAGUUAUUGCCAACGUACAGUUCAAUCCAUUAGAUGUCUUAUUUGCUAUUUUUUGCUGUUGUUCUCCUUUCUUAAAACAGAUUAUUAUUUCAAAGAUGUUUAUUUGCCGACUAGCAGUUCCCUUUAUAUCAUCAGAAUGGAUCCAUGUAGGACAGCCAAUAAUAUGGUUAUGGCCAUUGCGAAGCAUAAUGAUUGAAGGAAGAUCGAGAGAUAAUGCGGCAAUUCAAGAAGGCAUUGUCAAGAGCAAUUUGAAGAUCGUAUCUUUUAUACGCAUAGGACGACCUGUUGUGUCAAAAUCAAAAUUGAUUAAUCAAGUAAUGACCGACCAGUAUCAUGAUACGUUUUUUAACAAGGAUUGUCCGUAUGGAACAAGUACACGGACUUUAAGUAAUGGUCUUAUAGAGGCCUCGUGGUUUUUACCGACAAGAGAUACGAGAGAUACAUUUUCCGAUGUUCUAAUGUUUCUGAACCUUAGAGGAAAUGGAGUCGACUGCAAAACUCAAUGUCAAAUACUGAGGACAACAUCGCAUAUUAUCUUGGUUAUAUUAGAGUCAAAAGUAAUGUUAGAGCAAGAUACUAUUGACAUGUGUAUAUCUUUACAAGAAUCUGGUGUAUGUGUUGUGUAUGCAGUAGACUGCAGCGAGGAAGACCCUGAAAUAGUCCCUCGAAAUAUUCAGAAAUUCAUGCAACAUAUGAAAUCAUUCUUUAAGAGCAUGAAAUUCAUCAACAUAGUCAAUCAAAAGGGAGUUGCUACUGUUAAAGAAGAAAUUAGAGAUGCUAUAAGAUAUUUUUUGAAUGGAAAGCCCGAUACAACUAUUGAAAGCAUGGCAAAACAGAUAAUGACAUGCAGUGUAAAGUCAGAUGAGCUGUUCUCAGAUAUAUGUUCUAGAGGAAGAGGAAAGACAACAAGUAUCAUUGAUGUUGUUCAAAAGCACAAAAAGACAGAAAUACUGCCAUUGCAAAACCCUAUUUGGAUGGAGUUAACAAAAAUUGAAAAGCAACAAAGAAGAGCUUCGGAAACUUUUGAAAUGAAACAAGUAGACAAACUAGAACAAACAAAGCAACAUCUUAGACGAAAACAACAUGAAAGAUGCGAAAAUAUGUCGCAUGCAAUAACUAAAUUGAUAUCAACGAUGAUUGAGCUAGAAAAAAGUCCAGACGAGCUACGAUUUUUCAUCAGCUAUCUUAAACAAGAAAUGGAUGAAAUAUCUCGGGUAAAUCUUCCAAAUCUGGUACAACACUAUCAUAUGAAAUGGGCUAAAUGGGAAUCUCAAAAAGGGAAAAUUGACCCCAAGAAAUUAAACGCAUUUAAAAUAGAUGUAGAUAAAGCUGAAAGAAAUCUUGUGGAAGCUCCAUUUGGAUUUGAACAUUUGAUAAGAGAAAUAGGACAAAUAUAUGAAUGUGUUAAGAUUGUUAGUCCUACAACAGACACAAUUUUUAUAAGGACUGUUAUUCAAUGUCCACGGUUGGUAGCCAAACAAUUGCUUUUAGGACAACCGUUUGAGAUCAUGGAUGGUGAUGCUGCAAAUGUUCCGACAACAUGGGUGUCUGCAGUUUUUGAUGAAAUAAUAGCUAUCGUAGGUAAUGUGAAACUUUUGUCAAUUUCUGUUCUUGGAAUCCAAAGCUCCGGCAAGUCAACGUUGUUGAAUACAAUGUUUGGCCUUCAAUUUGCCGUAAGUGCAGGUAGAUGUACAAGAGGGGUAUUUAUUCAGUUGGUACAAGUGCCAAAACACAAAUAUCCUUUCGAGUAUAUAUUUGUUAUUGAUACAGAGGGAUUAAGGGCACCAGAACUAUCCGACCUUAAGCAUGAACACGACAACGAAUUAGCAACAUUUGUGAUUGGACUUGGAGAUGUAACAAUAAUAAACGUGAAAGGUGAAAACACAGCAGAGGUCAAUGAUGUACUACAGAUUGCAGUCCAUGCAUUUCUUAGACUGAAGUUAACAGCUCAAAAUAACAUUAGUUUAUAUCAAUCCUGUCUUUUUGUUCACCAGAACGUACCUGCGAAAGAUGCAAAAGAAAAAAUGAUGCAUGGGAGAAAGAAAUUUGUUGAAAAUUUAGAUCUCAUGACUAAAGAAGCAGCCGAGCAAGAAAAUAUGUCGCACAUUUCAUCUUUCCGGCAAGUCAUGGAUUUCGACAGUGAAGAUCAUGUGUUUUAUUUUUCUGAUUUGUGGUACGGAGAUCCGCCAAUGGCACCUGUUAAUCCAGGGUACAGCAAAAAUGUAGAAAUGAUGAAAAACUUUCUACUGACCGACAUUGUUGACAAAAGAACUACCUUUUUGACCAUAGAAGACACAAAACAGAGAAUAACAGAUCUUUGGGAGGGAAUUUUAACAGAUGAUUUCGUAUACAGUUUUAGAAAUAGUUUGGAAAUCAAAGCCUAUAAUUCAAUUGAAACCACUUUUCAGAGUAUAACAUGGAGUUUGGAAAGAUUUGUGUUCGAAUUUAUUUUUAAAACAGCUGAAAACGAAUUUGGGAGUUGUCAGAACAGAGAAAACGUUAGAAGAAUACACAGUCAGAUUAAAAUAAAAUUUCAACAAGUUUUAUCCAAUAAACUGCAAUCUUUGAUAGAAAAAUGGUACAGGGCAUUGGAGAAAAGUCCAUGGAAAGAAAUUGUUGUACAAUGGAAGGAAACAAAAGCUAAUCGACUUAAACAAAUAGCCGAGGACUACAGAAUAAAUGCUGAAGAGGAACUUAAUACCCUAAAAGAGAAAUAUGAAUUUGAAGUCAGAAACAAGACUGGCCUCACUUUACAAGAAGAAGAUAUGUUGUUUGAUACAGCAAAAAGCAUAGCUGAACAGCUAAAAGGCAAAACACCAACAGAUAGACAAAUCCAAACCGAAUUUUCAAAAAUGUGGAAGUCACUAAUAGACGAGCUAGGCAGAAAAUACAAUCAAAACACAACUUCUGUUGGGGAUCAAAUUCGAUGUUCUUUGCAAGAAUUAUACCAGUCGGAUGCAGCGUUUUUGAAAACCUGCAUUCGUCAGACCGAUUGUCAAGACUACAGCGAAUUGAAUCGUCUGAAGGGUUCCAUACGAACAAAAGAUAUCAAAGAAGGACACGUAGGAGUGCAGAUGUAUCCAUCAGAGAAGUCAAGAUUUGUCAUUUCGAAAGAUCAUGCAAGAUUAGCUACAGUACAAAUUACGGAUCAUAUCCUUGAAAGAUUAGAUGUCAUGAUUGAUGAAAAGAAGAGUUCAAAUACAAAAUUCAAUAUUCUGUAUGUCAAAGAAUUAUUCAAAACUAUUGAAAACGACAUUCAAACCCAUAACGAGCACAAAGAAAAUAAAGCACCUUUUAAUCUCCAAAAGCCAUAUCAGGCAAUGUUACUUAAUCAUGUUGGGAAGUAUGCAGAAAAGGUAUUUACUGAAAUGGAUGAAAGAUAUGAGGAAUCGAACGGUUGGCAACGAAGACUUUCUGACCAUAAACGACACCUUUGGGAGUUAUUCGUUGCUAGAGUUAAUGAGCAAUCAGAGGAAAUAGGAGCUGCUUCUAUUUUCAUACAAGUUGUCAACGAUGCAGUAUCUUCCAUGGUGUCAAAGUUUUUACCUAUCGACGUGCAAAAUCUUGUGUUGAUGGAUUUUGCUCAUACAAAAUUUCAUCUUAUGAUGACAAUUAUGGAUGGCUUAGCCGAAACAGAAGAUUUUGAGCAAUUCUGUUCAUAUACAAAAGAUUCAGAGACAUUCGCAAAAAAGUGGAUAUCUGACUAUAUAGAAAAGAAACUAUUUCUUCAAGAUAAGGAUGAUACGAUGAAUAUGUAUUCUACCCUUGCAAAUACUAGAAUAGUGAAAACAUUUGGAUUUUUAAACAAAGCGGUUAAGUAUGCCUGUAAUUGUUCUGCACAAUUUCAAGAAAACGACAUUGAUAGUUGGAUAGGUUGUUUUAUCGAAGGAUUAAACAAAGAACUUCCUUUAUCAGCAUCCAGUUUUAGACAAGUAAUUGGAAGACAAAUUCUAAAUGUGCAGCGAUUUGGUAAUACAUUGUUGAACGAACUUUCCGACCUUCAAAUUAGAGUACUAGGAACUUUCAAGACCGUGACGCCGUCAACUGUUAUGUGGAUUGGGACAAAUCCAUCGAUAAGCACAUUUACGAAAUUGUGGGGAUGUAAAGCACAUUGUCCAUUUUGUUUAGAACCUUGUCAAAAAGCAGAUGAAGGGCAUAUUUAUAUAGACAAAAAUGAUGUGCAUACAUGCAUUCAACACAGACCAGCUGGUAUCAAUGGGGCAUUUUUUGCCAAUAGCACACAAAUGUCAAUAGAAGUAUGUAAUUUUCAAGUUCAGUCCAAUUGCAAAUUCAGAUGCUCAGCCUCACAUUAUGAAUGCAGAAAUUCGGGAAACUGCAACUCAAAAGACAAUAUUACAUCACACCCGUUUAGAGAAUACAAAACAUUUAUUCCUGCCUGGGAUAUUGCUCCAAGCACUUCAAUUCGAUCAUCAGAUUACUGGUCGUGGUAUCUUGCGACAUUUGUUGGGAACAUAUGCGAUCGAUACCACAUAAAACUACCCGAUAUUCCAGAAUCAUGGAAAAUCAUUACGAAACAGGAGGCAAGGACAUCACUGCGUAAAGCAUUGAAUUAAAUCUUUGAACUUAAUGAUGUACUAAGGUGAGGUUUCGGAAUUUGUGUCAGAUGUUCGGACGCCUUGUCUUUUUUUCCAUCAAUACACUUCAGGUUAAAUUAUUUGACCCAUUUUUCUUUUUAUUAAAGUCUGCAUUUGUUGUUAAAAUGUCACUUUCCUAAAUUUAGGAAGUUUCUUGAUUUGUUUUCAUUCAAUUUGAGACCCAAAUAAUACCAAUGCAAAUAUAAGGUCAAAGUUCGAUACAGUCUUUUCCCGUCGUUUUUUUUUAAAUAAUUAUUUCGAAAAGGAGCUCCAUAUCCUCCAUACUCAAUAUUUCUUACUUAUUUUGUUUUUUAACUACUGCUUUUAAAGUAUCAAUUUUAAAUUCUUGAUUUUUUUUACAUUUCACAUCUUUAAAUCAUAAGUAAGAACGAUGCACCACAUAGGAAAUUGUGUAAUCAAUAGUUUUGUCAAUGUGGUUGUAUUUGUUAAAGGUAAAUGUGAAGACUUUAUAGUCAUUUUUAUACGACCGCAACAACUUGUUUUGCGUCGUAUAAUGGUAUGCGUCGUCGUCGAAGACGCAUUUAGUUUCCAGACAAUAACUUUUGUUUUAGUGUAUGGAUCUCUGUA